AUGGAAAUCCCUGAAGAACUCAAGACAGCAAUUGAAUUGCAAGACAAAAUUAUGUCAAUUUCAGUGGAAAAUGCAAAAGAAGUAGCAGAUUAUAUUAUUUCAUCUGAAUUUUUCGAUGAUGAUAGAAUCAAUUCCACAGUUGACUUUAUUUUAUCAUAUUGCAUCUCACAACCAAAGAAAGUGCAUGCAUAUGCUGAAAUGUUCAAACAUUUGAUAAAUAAAAACAAAGACGUCGCUAUUAUUGUUACUUAUACUUCAAUCUUCCGCUCAGAAAAUCGCUUGCCCUACGAAUUACUCAAAGAUGAUAUCAUUCCAUUAAAUAUGUUUGUAAAAGCCGCUGAUGAAGUCAAGAAACAGGAAGCUUUGUUUUGGGUUGCUCCACAACUUGCAAACAUCCCAGAAUUAGACCUUGGAUUCUCAUCAUUCAUUCCAUUGCCAAAGGAAAUUUACGCUGCAGAUAACUGGAAAGUCUACAAACAAUUCCUUGAAUCUGGAUUCAUUCCUGAUUCAUUUGGUGACGCAAUCUACCACGAUAAUGUUGAAGUACUUCAAAAAGUGAUGGAGAAGGAAGGCUUCAACAUCGAUGAACCUCUUAUUUGGAUUUAUGCAAAAAGAUUACCGAUUAUUUACAAUCCACAGCCAAUAGAUCUUGCUGCUUUUCUUGGAUCUAAGAAUUGCUUCAAGGUUUUAUUAGAAAAAGGCGCAAAAGUCGAUGAAAAAACCGUAAUCAUGGCAAUUUCCGGAAAUUGCACCGAUCUUGCAAAGCAAAUCGAAGACAAGAUCGUUAAAAUUGAUAACAGCAUGCUCAUGGCCGCCAAAUAUCAUAAUAUCGAAGCCAUGGAGUGGUUAUCAUCAAAAGGAGCGAAUUAUCCAGAUCUUUUCCACACAAUCGACUCAUACAACUUCCGCGCCAUGCUCUUCUCACUCAACCACGGUGCAGAUGCCAAGAAACAUGACGAUCAGGGCAUCACAGCCACGAGACUUGCAGCACAAGGCGGAAUUCCAGGCGCAUUAAAGUAUCUCGCUAAACUUGGAGCCGAAGUUGGUAUCGAGGAGUAUUCCAUCGCACUUUGCAAUGACGACAGAUGCUAUUUGAUCCCUGUUUUGGUCGAAUUAGGUGUUGAUCCGAACAUGAAGACAGAUGAAGGCAUUCCUUUGAUUGUUGACAGCCUUGGAAAUAACUGUCUUGCUUCUGCAAAGGUCGCUUUCGCUUGUGGAGGCGAUCCCAACUCUGUAUUACCAAAUGGCGUCAAUAUUUUGAGUAUUGCUGCACAAAACAACGCUGUCGACGCUGUUAAGUUGCUUCUUGAGGUCAAAGCUGAUGUUAACAAGGAAAACAAGGAUGGAACAAAGCCAAUUCACUUUGCCCGCUCAAAGGAAGUCAUGGAAGUACUUUUGAAUGCUGGAGCUGAUGUAAACGCAAAGGAUAGAAUGGGAGGAACUCCAAUCUUCUUCGCUGUUGCUGAGAAAAGACUGGAUGAUGUAAAAUAUUUAAUUUCCAAGUGUGCUGACAAGAAUGUUAAAGCUGGACCAGCCAAAAUAUCACUCCUUGAUAUGGCAAGAAAAGUUGGUGCUAAGGAUAUAGAGAAAUAUAUUAGAAGUCUCAAAUAA